GGAAAGGAAAGAAGCCGCCUGCAAGCGGCUUCUCUUUUGCUUUUCCGGCAGAAAGAAAGAUGGAAUUCAUUGAAAACUGAUAAGAGAAAGGGUUAGAGAGAUACAGCUGUUGGUUCGCGCCUCCUUCUUCUUCUCUGACCGCUCUCUAGCUUCACUCCUUUACUCCUUUUGCCCACUGACGGGGUCCGAAGCCCCAGCUUGUACGUGAUACGAUCCGGGCCGUCCAUGGAGGAAACGAGCGGGGAGGAUCGCUGAUCUCCGGCAGCCGGCGGUAAACUGGAUCGGGUCUAUAGUGCUACGGUUUUCGGGUGGGGGAAUGGGGAGCGUCUCGUCGGAGGCGUCGGACGAGCGGUGCGGGAGCUACAGCCCGAGCGCGGACGUGAGUGAGUCGGAGAGUUCGAGCGAUUUCUCCGGCCGGAGGUACGGCGGAGGCCGCGGCGGUGCCGGCGGCGCCUCGUCAUCGGCUGCCGGGGCUUCCAGCUCCUUCGCGUCCUCGCCGCUGGCCGCGGCGGCGGCGGGGGGAGAGAAGCCCCGGGCCGCCACCGCCGCCGCUGUGGCGGCCCGGGCUCUGCUGCCCGGUGGGGAUGUGGUGUUCUGGGACGCGAAGCUAGAGAAGCGGAAGACGGACUUUUCUGAAGUGGAGAUGAUGAAGGAGCGAUUUGCUAAGCUUCUUCUUGGCGAAGACAUGUCCGGCGGUGGAAAAGGGGUUUGCACGGCGCUCGCGAUCUCAAAUGCCAUCACAAAUCUCUCUGCUACUGUGUUUGGGGAGCUGUGGAGGCUGGAGCCGCUGGCAGCACAGAAGAAGGCAAUGUGGCGCCGGGAGAUGGAAUGGCUUUUAUGUGUGAGUGAUUCCAUAGUGGAGCUCGUCCCUUCUCUCCAAGAAUUCCCCGGCGGGGGAACCUUCGAGGUGAUGGUCCCGCGUCCCCGCACCGAUCUCUACAUGAACCUCCCGGCGCUCAGAAAGCUCGACGCGAUGCUUCUUGCGAUGCUGGAUGGGUUCCGGGAGACUGAGUUCUGGUAUGUCGAUAGGGGGAUCCUGGUUGCCGAUGCUGAUGAGGAUGGAAGUGGGACAUACCCUUCUUCUUCAUUUGGGAGGCCGUCUAUGAGGCAGGAGGAGAAAUGGUGGCUCCCGUGCCCACGGGUCCUGCCAACUGGUCUGUCUGAGGAUGCAAGGAAGAAGUUGCAGCAGUGCAGGGAUUGUGCAAAUCAGAUACUCAAGGCGGCGAUGGCGAUCAACAGUGGGGUGCUUGCCGAGAUGGAAAUCCCUGAUGUCUACUUGGAGACAUUGCCAAAGAAUGGAAAAUCCUGUUUAGGUGAGAUCAUCUACCGGUAUAUAACGGCUGAUCAAUUUUCACCAGAAUGUCUCCUGGAUUGCUUGGACCUGUCAUCCGAGCAUCAUACUCUGGAAAUAGCAAAUAGAUUUGAGGCAGCCAUACAUGUUUGGAGGCUAAAAGACCAAAAAGGAAAUCCUCAAUCAAAGGCAAAGAAGUCAUCAUGGGGUGGGAAGGUCAAGGGUCUAGUAAGUGAUCCAGAAAGAAGUCAGUUUCUGGCACAACGGGCUGAGUGUCUUUUGCAGAGCUUGAGAAUACGGUACCCUGGUCUCCCGCAGACUGUUUUAGAUAUGUACAAGAUUCAGUACAAUAAGGACGUCGGGCAAUCAAUCCUUGAGAGUUACUCAAGGGUCAUGGAGAGUUUGGCAUUUAACAUAAUGGCAAGGAUAGAUGAUCUCAUUUUUGUGGAUGAUGCAACAAAGACGUGUGCAGCUGCAGAAAAUGUUUCUAUAUUUAAUCGAGGAGGGCUUGGAGGACUGCCUGUUCAGAAAAGGAUCUCGCCUAGCCCCUUCUCUAUCCAGAACACCCCCUAUGCCUCUCCAUUUGGCACACCUACAUUUUGUUCUUCCACUCCAGUGACUGGAAGCCCGGGAAGAGCGCAUCCUUCUUUAAGCAAGAUCAGCCUCCGAGGACAGCACGAUGAUAAAGAGGGAAAAUUCAUAUCUGGUGAGGUGGAGAGGGUGUGGUCGUAUGCCAGAAACCUGAGUGCAAGGAGAGAUGCUGGAGAUGCCCCUGAAAGGGACUGACUUGUGAACAAACAAAUCAAGUAAAAUGCACGUAGCAAAAGCUGGACCAGUACAAAAUUCAUCCAAUGGAAAGCAUUGAGGAAGAGGCGUAAGCUGGUGCUUGUCAGGUUGGCCGCUUGUUCCUGUAUAGAAAUAAACACGAUUCAAGUUUUUCUUAUUCUCCGUUGCAAGUGACCAUCUUGUUUAUGUCUGUGCUACCUAUUAUGACUGAAACUGAACAGUUGGUUGUAAAGAAAGUUGUUGCAUUUGGAAUCUAAUUGAUGUUCAAGGAUACCUCUUUUAACAUUUCGGUAA